UACGUGCCACGAUUCAAGCGCUCAACUUCCACGCGAACAGCAGCAUGCAGGCCGUCGAGAACUACCGCGGUCGGCCCUUCGCGGCCGCCAAGUCAGCCCCGCUGGAGCAGCUGAGGCAGCAGCCGGGGCCGUUGCAGGCGCCUCGCGGCUGGCCGUCUUCGUCGUGGCGCAGCGGCGGCGGCGGCGGCGAUUUCCUAGCCUGCGGCGCGACGUGCGUCCUGAUCGCGGUCGUGUGCCUGGUGCUGUCGGUCACGCUGGUCUGUCUGCUUACGAUAGCCUACGCGAGCGAUGGCGCCGACGGAGUCCGCGCGAGCGUGACCACAGUUGCCGCCGUCGACCGCGGGAUAGCAACCCAGCCUUUCGCCGACGAGGCAGCGCAGGCGCUCAGCGUAGACUCGUACGCUCAAAUCGAAGGCGCCUCACUCCGACACGUCGGUGCAAGACACGGGGGACCGCCAGCGCGAGUCUUCAGCAGGGGAAAGCUCUACUACCGCGCUGCCUACCUGGACGAAGAUAACGGGUACCUUUACGUGGGAGCCAUGGAUUACUUGUUCAAGCUCCAGCUGGUGGACAUCAACAAUGGCGUCCUCAAGGAACUGAACCUGCCUGCUCGACAAGACUCGGUGCUACGGUGUAAGGCCAGAGGGGUGCGUCCGAUGGGCUCGGAAGUGGACUGCCACAACCACAUACGCGAGGUGCACCCGAUCCGCGAUGGCAGCACUUUGUACAUCUGCGGGACCAACUCCUUGGCUCCCACCAACUGGCAAGUGCAAGCUGAAGACCUGACGCUGCUGCCACCGGAGCAGCAGGUGCGUAUCGAGCAAGACAGCAACACCGGCAAGGCCAUCGGGUGCCCUUACGACAUCCUUCAGAACACCUCGGCAUUGUGGGUUGAGGACGAGCCCGAGAAAAAUACUUCGUUCGUGAUCGCCUUAAGACCACUGGACCAGCACGGAGACAACUACGCGAUCUCGAGAACGGAAAUCUUUGACUCGAGAACAGGCUCACGCAUCUACCACUACCUGACAACCCAAGUGGGUGACAUCACUAUGCUGAACGAGCCCCACUCCGUUGGCGCGUUCGCGCUGCGUGAGCACGUGUAUUUCGUCUUCCGCGAACAAGGCGUGGAGCGCGCGGCCUGCGGCAGCUGCGCCAUCUCAACUCUGGCGCGACUCUGCAAGAACGACCUUGGACACGGGAUCAGUGAACGCCGGUGGACCUCAUUCAUGAAGCUCCGUCUCCAGUGCCUCGACACGGCGAAUCCACGAAAAUCGGGCUCUCAAUUGUUCAGCUUCGACGAAAUACGUGACUCUUACUUGGUUCCUGACUUGGAGGGUGGCUUGCUGCUCGCCGUCUUUGUCACUAUCACGCACCGCUAUCCGCAAUCGGCCGUAUGCGCCUUCCGAAUGACCGACAUCGGACGUGUGUUCGGCAGAAGCGACUUCUUCGAACAGUACAAGGGCGACACGUACAGGCUCCUCAAGAGGGCCACGAACGUGCCCACCCAUCGGCCGGGCGCCUUUUGUCCGCCGGACUCUCGGUCCACGGGCUUCGAGGGGCCUCGCUUCCUGGCAGAUCACCCGCUGCUCGCGGACCCGGCACCGCAGCGCCACAACCGGACAUUCUUCGCGCGCAGUGGUGUCGUCUUCAGUAGCCUGGCGGCGUUCGAGCUGAAUGAAGAGUUGGGCACUUGGCUCGUCUGUUACGUGGCCACAGAGGACGGUAGGGUGCUGAAGCUGGCCGAAAAACAGUCUACCGAUGACCGAGUGCCGACCUCUGCCCGCGUGGUGGACUCCUUCAAUGCCGCUGCCGAACCGAUACGAAAGAUGCUGGUCUCACUGAAGCACCGCAGCCUAUACGUGUUUUCUGACGGCGGGGUCAAUCAGUACCGGCUGGAUGCCUGCGCGGGACGCCAUGCGGACUGCGCGUCUUGCGUGCAGGAUCCAUUCUGCGGGUGGAAUGGCGCCCGUUGCUUACCUCACAGCAGCGAACCCUACGCUUCCACUGCGCGGGUGUGCUGAAGAUGAACGGCGGCGGCGGAUUUUGUUUUUUAUGUUUGCAACUUGCGAUAUUUUAUAGCCGUUUGCGACCACACCAACCAUCACCAACACGGUAUUACCAUGUUAUUACGACAAUCUUUUCGACGUCGAUUAAUUGCAACCAAUAUUUUUAUAGAAUAGUUAUCUCGAACGUGCACGUGUUAACAUAAAUUAUUUCCAGGCUGCUU